AUGGAUUUCGAUCAACAGCUGCAGCUUCGAUUCGCCCUGACGGAAAGCGCAAAGACCUUGCAGCUCUUGAGCUUGCACCACGGCGCCAAGUGGUCCAGCGAAGCGCUCAAUGGCCUUGUCCCGCUGACAAAUGACCAGAAAUUCGCGGUUUACCAGCAGUCUCUUCAGCGAUCCCCGCCAUCGUUUCUGCCAGCCAAGGGACAAAACGACUUUCUGGAGUUUACAGAAAACGAGAGGCUGCUUAUGGCCACAUCGUACUUCAAUUUCAAGGAGUUUGAUCGAUGUGCACACGUCCUGAAAGACUGUUCCAGCUCAAAAUGCGUUUUUCUGAAACUGUACGCCAUGUAUCUGAGCGGUGAAAAGACAAAGUGCGACGAAACAGGCGGAGUGCUGGGCCAGCAGGACGGCAAGAUUCAGAACACAAAACUGACACAGAUAUCUAAAGAACUGGAACAGUACACAAAGACUUCGGGCAAAGGACGCCUAGACGAUCCGUUCUUAUUGUACUUGAAUGGCUUGGUAGCUGCAAAACUGAAAGACAACACUCUGGCGCAGGAAUGCUUUUAUCAAUCGCUCACGAUUUACCCGUUCAACUGGUCGUGCUGGUCCGAACUGAUUGCCAAUCUUGCCAGUUUUAGCGAGGCCUUAGCCAUUCUGAACAGAUUCACCAAAAACGCGAGAUUCAUCGACAACAAGCUAUUCCAUGUGAUGCUGCUAUUUUUUAAAGUCACAAUUUCACAGGAGUUCUUCCAGCAGUUCAACGAGCUUUACGACGAUUUGACAUACCUUUUGGAGAUCUUCCCUAAAUUUAGCUACCUCAAGAUCCAAAAGGCUCUUAUCUCCUACAACGCUCUGGACUAUGUUUCUGCAGAAGACAUUUUUGAUGACGUACUAGCAAGUGACCCACUGAGGCUGGACGAUAUGGAUACAUAUUCCAACAUCCUGUAUGUGAUGGAAAAUAAGUCCAAAUUGGCGUUCCUUGCCCAAUUUGCUGCACAGAUCGACAAUUUCCGACCGGAAACAUGCUGCAUUCUUGCCAACUACUAUUCGCUCAAAUUUGACCACCAGAAGGCAAUCAUGUAUUAUAAGAGGGCAUUGGCCCUAAAUAGAAAUUGCCUGAGCGCGUGGACCUUGAUGGGCCACGAGUUUGUGGAGCUGAAAAAUUCUCACGCCGCCAUCGAGAGCUACAGACGCGCAGUCGAUACAAACAACAAAGAUUUCCGCGCAUGGUACGGUCUUGGCCAAGCAUAUGAGGUCCUGGACAUGCAUUUGUACAGCCUAUAUUAUUACCAGCGGGCAUGUGCAUUAAAGCCUCUCGAUAAGCGGAUGUGGCAGGCAGUCGGAAAUUGCAGCGAGAAAUUAGGCGAGUACGAAGAUUCAAUCAAGGCUUAUAAGAAGGCGCUUUCCGUUUCGAGCGACAUAGAUCAUGCGAUCUUUUACAAGUUGGCUAAUUUGCACCAGUCCAUCAAAGAUACCAAAAAUGCCGCAGUUUACAUGAAGAUGUGUCUAGAUGAAGAACCUAACGAUGGAAUAACUGCGGAAACCUCAAAAGCCCGGCUUUGGCUGGCCAAAUACGAGCUCGAGAGACAGAACUGGCAGGCCGCUUACGACUACUCUUCACAGAUGACCCACGGAACGUCCAACGAAAUCGAAGAGGCCCGGGCUAUUGCGAGGGAGGCCCGUGUCAACUUGAACAGAGGAUCUUGA